UUGAUCUUUGUCUGCGUGUUGUGUCUUGUAUUCUUUCAUUAGUUGUCUGUCAACUGAAAAGGGCAAGGAAACGAAUUACUAUUUGCUCAAUUAUUGAGCUACCAUGGAAGAAACUUUUGUUCCAUUACGUGGAAUCAAGAAUGAUCUAAAAGGAAGGCUUUUAUGCUACAAGCAAGACUGGACUGGUGGCUUCAGUGCCGGUGUCAGGAUUCUUGCUCCAACAACAUAUAUAUUCUUUGCUUCAGCAAUUCCGGUUAUAUCUUUUGGGGAGCAGCUGGAACGAAAUACAGAUGGAAGUUUGACUGCAGUACAAACUCUUGCAUCAACAGCACUUUGUGGAAUCAUUCAUUCAGUCGUCGGAGGACAGCCCUUGCUCAUUCUUGGAGUUGCAGAGCCAACAGUAUUGAUGUAUACGUUUAUGUACAACUUUGCGAAGGACCGAGAAGAUUUGGGGCAUAAACUCUUCUUAGCCUGGACUGGAUGGGUAUGUGUCUGGACAGCACUUUUGCUUUUCUUAUUGGCAGUUCUUGGGGCAUGUUCUAUAAUAAAUCGAUUUACACGUGUUGCGGGUGAAUUAUUUGGUCUACUAAUUGCAAUGCUUUUCACGCAGCAAGCUAUAUGGGGAAUUGUGGAGGAGUUUGGCGUUCCUCAGAGAGAAAAUCCUCAGCAAACAGCAUUGCAGCCUUCGUGGCGAUUUGGCAAUGGAAUGUUUGCACUGGUUCUGUCGUUUGGCCUCCUCCUUACUGCAAUAAGGAGUCGUAAAGCAAGAUCCUGGCGCUAUGGAACAGGCUGGCUUCGAGGUUUUAUAGCAGAUUAUGGGGUGCCACUUAUGGUUCUUGUGUGGACUGCUGUUUCUUACAUACCUGUUAAUGAUGUCCCAAGAGGAAUUCCAAGGCGUCUUUUCAGUCCGAACCCAUGGUCUCCUGAUGCAUACUCUAAUUGGACUGUGAUCAAGGAAAUGGUAACUGUUCCUCCUCUUUACAUAGUUGGAGCAUUUAUUCCAGCAACUACGAUUGCCGUGCUUUACUAUUUUGACCACAGUGUAGCAUCUCAACUCGCUCAACAGAAAGAAUUCAAUCUAAAAAAGCCACCUUCAUACCAUUAUGACCUUCUACUUUUGGGUUUACUGGUUAUAUUAUGCGGUCUUCUCGGCAUUCCACCAUCCAACGGUGUUAUUCCACAAUCCCCAAUGCAUACAAAAAGCUUAGCAACUCUUAAACAUCAGCUUCUGCAUAAUAAGCUUGUCUCAACAGCCCGGAAAAGUAUAAGUAAAAAUUCCAGCCUGAGUCAACUAUAUCGAAGCAUGCAAGAAGCGUACAAUGAGAUUCAGACUCCACUUGUCUAUCACCUUCCAUCCACUAUGGGGCUGAAAGAACUGAAAGAAUCCACUAUCCAACUAGCUUCAAGUACCGGCUACAUUGAUGCACCUGUUGACGAGACCAUUUUCGACGUCGAUAAGGAAAUAGAUGAGCUUUUACCAGUAGAAGUCAAAGAACAACGUUUUAGUAACUUUCUUCAGUCAUUGAUGGUUGGUGGGUGUAUUGCUGCUAUGCCUCUUCUUAAGAAGAUCCCCACUUCUGUUCUCUGGGGUUAUUUUGCUUUCAUGGCCAUCGAAAGCUUGCCUGGGAAUCAUUUUUGGGAUAGAAUAUUGUUGCUUUUCACUGCUCCAAGUCGGAGAUACAAGGUGUUGGAGGAGUAUCAUGCAACCUUUAUUGAGACUGUACCUUUCAAAACUAUUGCCACCUUUACCUUGUUCCAGACAGUUUACUUGCUGUUAUGCUUUGGCAUAACAUGGAUCCCAAUAGCUGGGGUCCUUUUCCCACUUUUAAUCAUGCUUCUCGUGCCGGUGCGCCAAUAUUUGCUCCCCAAGGUUUUCAAAGGUGCUCAUCUUCAAGACCUCGAUGCCGCAGAAUAUGAGGAAGCUCCAUCCAUUCCCUACAACAUGACAUUUGAAGAUCGGGAACGUCAGGCAACAGCUACUCCUAUCGAUGGUUUAGAAAUUCUAGACGAAAUUAUGACAAGAAGCCGUGGAGAAAUCCGGCAUACACAGAGUCCUAAAGUAGCAAGUACAACUCCAUCUUCAGUUGGGGACAUAAAACCUUCUUACAGCCCAAGAGUCUUACAAAAUGCAUAUAGUCCUCGGAUUAGUCAACCGAGGGGAAUUGCUGAAAAGGGUCUCGGAUUAAAGCUAACUCCCAGUCCCCGGCCAUCUACACUUGGACAAAGCAGUCGUGGUUCAUAAUCAAGCUAGAAAAAACCUUCAUUUUGUUCUGUUUUUUUAUGUCUGUUUAGUGGUGUGGUAUGUUUAAAUGUCAAUGGCACUCGAGAUGUCUUAUGUUUAGUUCAAAGAUUCCAGUAUGUCACUUCUUUUACUUGAUCACUAUACCUUUUUUAAAAUCAAAGAAAGGAAUAAAGGCAAAUAUGCCAUUGCCAAGUAAAU